AUGAGCGGCUACUCAUACGGUGGCUAUGGAGUCACCUCCGCUCUUGUCGUUGUUGGGCUGUAUAUGCUCUUCAAUGGCGAGGGAGAGGCAUUCAACGUCGGCGCAUUCCUCGAAUCGAUAUCCCCCUACGCAUGGGCAGACAUGGGCAUCGGACUCUGCAUAGGCCUGUCAGUAGUAGGAGCAGCAUGGGGCAUCUUCAUCACCGGUACCUCCAUCCUCGGCGGCGGCGUCAAAGCCCCCCGCAUCCGCACCAAGAACCUCAUCUCCAUCAUCUUCUGCGAAGUCGUUGCCAUCUACGGCGUCAUCAUGUCCAUCGUCUUCUCCUCCAAGAUAUCACAGGUCGGCACCGAAGCGGUACACAGCGGAGACAACUACUUCGUGGGCUACGCGCUGUUUUGGUCAGGACUGCUGGUGGGCAUGUGCAAUUUGAUCUGUGGUGUGAGCGUGGGCAUCAAUGGGAGUAGUGCGGCAUUGGCGGACGCUGCGGAUCCGAGUCUGUAA